GUUGAACUCAUAUUAAAUAAUGGCCGUGUAAACAUUUCUAUAUAUUAAAGAGCCAUGCUGGAGAAUAAUACAUGUUACAGCGUAAUCUAGUGGUAAUGGGGUCUCUCAAGUUUACGCGGGAAAUUCUGUUGGUUGCAUUGCUGGUGCUCAAUGACUCUAUAGAGAGUAGGAAGCUAGAGGAGAAAAAAAGUGGGGAAGUAAAGAAACCUGAGUGGUUCUUUGAUGGUGGUAAUCCAGGGUGGGUUGGUGGUGGUGGUGCGGGAGGUUCUUCUGGUGGCAAAGGAUUGAGCUUUGGCCAUUCUUUUAGUUUUGGGAAGGGAGUUGGUUUCAGUUUUGGUACCAGUAGCCCUGGCAUUGGUCUUGGAAAAAAGCCUGAUUGUAUUGGAAAAGGUGGAGGUGUUGGUGGUGGCAUUGGUGGGGGAGGUAGUAUUGGUGGUGGGGCUGGUGGAGGAGAAGGUGGCAAGCACCACAAGAAAAAAGAUAAAAAAUAUCACCAUGGAGGCAGUGGAGGAUUUGGAGGGGGUGGUGGUAUUGGUGGUGGAGGCGGCAUUGGCAAAGGAGGUGGUAGUGGAGUUGGAGGUGGAAUAGGUAGCGGUGGUGGUGUUGGUGGAGGUGCUGCUGGACUUGGAGGAGGUAUUGGGAAAGGAGUAGGUGGUGGAAUUGGUGGUGGCGCAGGUGGAGGGGGAGGAGGAGGAAUAGGUACUGGUGGUGGUGUAGGUGGAGGUGCUGGUGGAGGAGGAGGAAUUGGUAGCGGUGGUGGUGCUGGUGGGGGAUUUGGAGGUGGUGCAGGCGGAGGAUUUGGAGGUGGUGCAGGCGGAGGAUUUGGAGGUGGUAUUGGCAAUGGAGCAGGCGGAGGUUUUGGUGGUGGCGGUGGAUUUGGAGGUGGUGGUGGUAUAGGUGGAGGAAUUGGAGGAGGUUUUGGAGGCGGUGUUGGUGGAGGUGGAGGUGGAGGAGGAGGUGUUGGCAGCGGAUUUGGUGGAGGUACUGGUACAAUCAGGGGUUAAUCAGUAUGACAUAAACGAGGUGCAGAAACCAUGCACAGAUGGACUGCUUGCUGCUGUUCCUUUUCCACCUUGUCAGUGUCCUGCUUGAUAAUUUCUUUUUUCUUGAUUUUUCUACUGUCGUAAUGUUGCUCCCUUUAGUAAUUUUAUGUUAACUAAGGUCAUCCUGAAAUAGUUCCUAAAGUUAUUAGUAAACUAUCUAUUCAAACUA